AUGGGACUUCUAAGAACUGCUCUUAUUGGCGGUAUCGCCUACAAGAUGGGCUCAAGCGAUAAACAAAGCAACAGCUCAUCCAAUUAUUCUCCACCACCUCCACCUCCUCAACAGUACUAUUAUGGUGGUUACCCGCCACAGCAGUAUGGACAACCUCCAUAUGGUGCACCACCUUAUCCUCCACAAGGACCUCCCUAUGAUCCUCGAUACGGUGGCUAUAAUUACCAGAGCCAGGGCCAGGGUUACGGAGGAUACGGUGCCAACGGUGGCUACGCACCACCCCAACAGUCUAGUCGUGGGAUCCAGGACCCCUAUGCAAACACAAGUGGUCCAUCACAGAACGCUCCGCCUCCCUACCAGCAAGAUCCUGCCCAGCAGAGCUAUCAGGGCUACCGAGACCACAGUGAGAAGUUGCCCGCAUACCACCAAGGCCAGGGGUACCAGCCUCGUCGACAGAAAUAG